CAUUCAUAGAAUAAUUCAAUUAUUAGAACACAUAAUGAUAAUUGAAAAUACCUAAAAAAAUGAUAAUUGAAAAUAAUUAUAAGGAUAAUUGAUUCUAAAAUUUCUAUUAAAAAAUUUGUUUUGUAUCAAGUAUUAAAAAGAGGGUUCCAACUAAACAAUAAAAAAUAUAUUUUUCAUAAGUCCAAAUGAUUUUCUUACAAUAAGAAAGUUGAAAGACCAAUUAUGAAAUUUAGAAAACGGAAUAUUCAAAUAAUAUUAUGUCAACUUUAACGGAAUGCACUUUAAAGUAAACUUAAGUGGUACCGUGUGCACAUAUAAUAGAAUUCAGUGGUAUCAAACGCCUAUGCAAAUUUAAAUGAUAUGCAUACCCCAAUUCUCAAACUUAAACGACACCCGAGUUUUUACAUGAAAUUCAACACAAGUGAAAGUGCUAUAAAAUUGUUAAUUCAAUUAUUUUCGCUUAAACGCCUAAGCUUCCUAGGCGCUAAGCAGGAUCCUAUCAUCAUUACUAUCUUCUAGUGGCUUGGCAGCAAUGAUAUGGAGGAGGAGAAGACGACGAAUAUAAGCAGCAGAGUCCCGCUGGAGCUUCACUGUCUAUGGACUAUGGUGUUCGAGGGUGAUGAAAGACGCGGUGUUCGUUACUCGGUGCUGCUUCCGGAGCUUCUGCGAUUUGUAUAUAUCUGCUGCAAUCAUACGUAUGCCAUCUUUGCAACUCUUCUGGAAAUCAAUGAGAUCACAUUUGGCACUUGCUCUGUCUCCCCUGUUUUUUUGCUUUUGUUUUUUUUGUUCUUGCUGUUUGCAUUCCAUAUAAAUUUAAUUAAUGAUAACUGCAGCAGUCAUCUACAUGGAUGGACUUCCAGAUGCAAGCUUGUUUUGACCUUUUUCCAGUAAAAGAUUAAAGAAAACCCAAAUCCAAAGCUACUCUGUUUACAGCUCAACCUCAAAACAGAGUUCUCCAUAUCCAUACAGCUCCUCUUCGUCGCUGUCAAUGGGUCCAAAAGCAACAGUCCAAACACCAACAGAGCCCGUUGUGUCCAUUCCAGUACUAAGAACUGUUAGUCAAACAAGGAAAGGAAAGGAGCAAACAACUUCCUCAAACAUCAAUCACUAAAAAUCCACAUGCCAAUUGCCUCCCUUAACAAUAUAACUUUGUUUCCAUAUCGUCCAAUCCGCCACUCCAACGUCCAUAGUUUCCAAACCUUCCCCAACCUCCCUCCCCAUGUAAUGCGACAAUGGAUCCUCAAUCACGAAAGAAAGAAAGGGUAAAGGGAAAUUUUGGCGAACAUGCUUUCACUCCUCCGACUCAUUCCUCUGCUUCUGCUUCAGCUCGCAACAAUGGCGGCAGCAGCAGCACAAUCGGAAGCAAUAGGGCGACGGGGCUGCCCGACCCAAUGCGGGAACGUAACCAUCCCAUUCCCAUUUGGAAUGGGUCCAGGCUGUUACCUCGAAUCACGCUUCCAAAUCCUAUGCAACCAAACCCUAAACAACCCACCAAAACCAUUCCUCACCAAACCCUACCUCGAGGUCCUCCAAAUCUCCGUCCCCAACAACACGAUCCAGACAUUGUUCCCAACCCUAACCCACUGCGGCAACCAAACCACACGAAAGCAGCGGCGGGUGACGGUCGAUUUGUCCGGCGGCCCGUUCGUCCUCUCCCAUCUCCAGAACCGAUUCUCCGCCGUGGGCUGCGGCAACCUCGCCCUGAUGUCGCUGCGGCAGUCGGCGGUCUGCGGCUGCUUCUCCAUCUGCGACAGAACAAGAGACCUCUCGGAGCCGAUCCGGCGAUCCUGCAGCGGAAUCGACUGCUGCGAGAUCAAGAUCCCGUCCCGGCUCCAGGUGUUCAAUGUCAGCUUCGACGGCACUAGAGGAAGGGGGAGGAAGCUGAAGCUCGGGGAGUGCAAGUCUGCUUAUCUUGUAGACAAGCGGUGGAUGGAGGAUUCCAAUUCGACUCCAGAUGUUUUGGGGCAGAGGAAGUUUAUCCCUGUUUUGCUCAAGUGGAUGGUUGAUAAGAAACACUACCGUUUGAUUGCCUGGCCACGACGAACUGGCGGUGGAUUAUCGGAUCAGCAGCAAGUUUCGACCCAUUACUGUAAGUUCUCGAAUUUCACGGCCAGGUUGCUUACUCGGAAGAGGGAAAUCUUUCAGUGUAGUUGCAGCAAUGGGUUUCAGGGGAACCCUUAUCUUAACGAAGGAUGCCAAGAUAUAGAUGAAUGUGAAGAUUCUCACAAUCCUUGUGCUCAGCAGAAUAAAGUUUGCAUUAAUCUCAAAGGGAGUUACAGGUGCAGCAGCUACAAAUUUCCCAAGUUCUUAGGUAAACAGGAUUCCAGGAAUGUCAUUUUACUAGGUGUAACUUUGGGAUUCAGCUUGUUGCUCCCAUUGUUUGGAUUAUGGUGGUUGUACAAAGCAUUGAAGAGGAGGAAGAAAAAGAAACUCAAGCAAAAGUUCUUCAAAAGAAAUGGCGGUCUCCUGCUCCAAAAACAGUUGUCCUCCUCAGGGGAGAGCGGUGUUGUUCAGAAGCUCAGAUUGUUCACCUCAAAGGAACUAGAAAAGGCCACCAACAAUUACAAUGUUAGCAGGCUGCUCGGCCAAGGUGCACAGGGAACUGUUUACAAAGGAAUGUUAGAUGAUGGGAUCAUUGUAGCAGUGAAGAAAUCAAUGAUACUUGAUGGAGGGAAGCUGAAGCAGUUCAUCAAUGAGGUCGUCAUUCUCUCGCAGAUCAACCACAGGAAUGUGGUUAAGUUAUUGGGUUGUUGCUUGGAGACAGAGGUUCCUCUUCUGGUUUAUGAGUUCAUACCCAAUGGCACGCUGCAUCAGUUUCUUCACAGUCAGACAGAGGAGGAGCUUGUUCUAACUUGGGAGAAGCGCCUGAGGAUUGCAGCUGAGGUUUCUGGAGCGCUCUCCUAUCUGCAUUCAGCAGCUUGCAUGCCCAUUUAUCACAGAGAUGUCAAGUCCACGAACAUCCUCUUGGAUGCUAAGUAUCGAGCCAAAGUCGCCGAUUUCGGGACUUCGAGGUCGAUCAACAUCGAUCAAACCCAUCUCACUACUCGCGUGGAAGGUACCUUCGGCUACAUGGAUCCCGAGUAUUACCAAUCGAGUCAUUACACGGAGAAGAGUGAUGUUUAUAGCUUUGGGGUAGUUCUUUUCGAGAUGUUGACAAGGAAGAAACCGGUGUGCUCGAAUGACUCGGGGGAAGUGAUGAGUCAUAUUACAUCAUUUAUACUCACGCCCAAAGAGGACGACGAGCUGUUGGGCAUGAUUGAUCCUCAAGUGAUGAAGGAAGCGAAAAAAGAUGAUAUAAUGGUAAUAGCUAAGUUGACGAAAAAGUGUUUAUCUUUAACGGGGAAGGAUCGUCCUACAAUGAAAGAAGUCACAAUGAUAUUAGAGGGGAUUCCCAAAGAGUCAUUAGGGAAUGACAUUGGUGUUGAGUAUGAUAAGAAUUACAUGAUUGAGCGACAAGAAACCACUUGUAUAGAACAUUUGCGUUUUCGUAGUAACAUCUCAAUGUUAGACACAUCUUAAACAACUUAUUCACUAUUUCAUUCAUUGAUUAGGGUGGUUUCUUGGAUUUUGAUGUGUCUUCACCAAUCACAUUGUAUUAUUCCUUGGAAGGAAUGAGAUGGAAUUUUCUAUGCUAGCCAUGAAUCCCCUAGGGACUCAACAAAUGAAUCCUGCAUUGAUGAAAAAGACACCACAAACACAUGCCUACAACAUAUAACCCUAAAAAUGAGAAAACUCUUGGGUGGAUAACAACAAAAUCAUUAAACAAUAAACUCGUCGCAAUUGAUGUGUACAACAAAACAUUACAUCACAAUAAACAAAUCUCACGGUCACUAUAAACAAGGGAUCUAAAAUUAAAAAGAAAAAUAACUACGAUUAGAGCACCCCAAUUCAUAAAAAUAAUGGUAAUGAAGGCUUCCAAUAUUGGGUCGUUUGGAAGUUGCGAAUGUAAAUCGUUGCAUUGUAAUGAAUCACAACUACCAAACGACCCCGUAGUAUUGUGAAUGUUCAUUGGAUGCUACUUUGGAUUCCAUAUUGGAUGUUGUAUCAGGAGAAAGUUACCUUCCUACAUUGAUCAUAGAAAUGAAUCAUCUUCAUGAUUAUUAUAUCACAUUCAUGUGCAUUGAUAGAGUAUAAAGGUUAUGUAUAUGUGCCUACAAAUAGAGCAUCCUAUUGUACAAAGGAAUAAGAUGGAUAAAAAGAAUAACACUUCUCCCCUCUUCUAUUGUGUUUUUCCUCUCUACUUUUGUUCUUGUUUCUUCUCCAUUUCUACAAUUUUUAUAACACUCAAAUAGUUUUAAGUUGUCGAACCUAUAAACGAAAUGGUUUGAGACUUAUUGGUUGGAUUGGGGUUGCCUAUGGAAAGACGGAAAGAAACUUGAAAAUAAAAAUAAGUAAUAUAAAAGAUAAGUGGUAUUACCUCCAAAUUUUAGGAUAACAGUAUUAUGCAUACAAAUAAUAUUUUAAUGAAUUUAUGUAUACAAAAUAUAUUUCAAGACAUCUUUUUAUAAUUUACAUUCAUAUUUAAAGAAGACACAACAUUCCAACAGAAUAACAAAUAUUCAUAUUUAAAAGAUAAUAUUUAACAUCAACACUCAAACAUGUAUAAUUGAAUUCUACAAACAACCUCAACAUUUGACUUUGAAAUUCAUGAAAUAAAUUAAUAAAAAUGUUGUUAAUUAAAUUCACUAAAAUGACAUCAUUUUGUUUAGAGGUUGAAAAUAGAUGAUACCGGUGGAGUUCUAUUUAGUUUCAUGAAUGACGUCGGUUCCACCGGCCGACAUUCCACUAGCGUGAACCAUAGUUGCCAAACAGGUGGCAUGAUAGUCCUUAGAACUGGGUUCAACCAUUAUCGGACAUAAAACCGAUUGGAAUGCUCCAUGAACGACAAGCAUGAUGAAUUUCCGGUAGGGAUGACAAUGAGAAGGGUUUGCCUAAACCAUCCCCAUGUUCGCUUUCAAAUAUUGAAACCCAUACCCUCCCUUUACCCAUGCGGGGGGAGAUUUUGCAAACCCAUCCCCAUACUCGUGGGUUUCGGGUACCCAUGGGUAAUACCCGUCGCAUACAUCCAACAUUAUCAUACCUAAAAUUUUACAUGCAAUUUUUCAAUUAUAACACUAAACGCACCUACUAUAUCAUGAAGUCAACAAAGAGACAAUCAUUCUUAAUACGGUUAAACAUCUUAUCCUAAAACAUCUAUUAAUCCAUAAGAUAGAGUACAAUGUAAUCCAAAUCAUUAUUCUCUGACUCUAAUAUAUCUACAAAGUAAUAACUAACUAACAUAAUCUUGUUAACACGUGAGAAAAAGUGAAAGAGUGAAUGGAGAGUUGAGAAAAAGGAAUUAUGUUUUGAUUUGGGUGGCUACUCAAUUACAUUUCUACUAUUUAUUUUCUUGAGUUAUCCUCACUAUCAUUGAUAGGUUACAAUUUUAUCCAUCUAUUUUGUACAUGUGAAUAAAUUUUUUGAUGGGGC